CUACGAUAUUCAUAAUUUAAUUGACAAGAAAGUGCUGGUUGGGGAGGGGGAUCUGGGGAUAUCAAUAAUAAAUAAUAACGCCAUAUGCUAGCACCUAAAACCGGUGAACAUCGCACGUGUACCUACAAUCUAGUAUCUACAUUCUAGUCACUUGUAAUUCUUUGAUCGUGAUUAUAAAGUUUUAACCGCCAACCAUGUUAUUGUAAUAAAAGAUAACAAGUGCUUAAAAUUUCUUUUUUUUAAGUCAUGGACAUGACGUUCUAUGGCAAUACUCGAGUGAUAACAGGCCUAUCUACACUAUAAUGAAUAAUGAUAACGAUUCCAGUAUCGUGUUAUAUGGUUCAGUAACGGGUAAAAUAACUCACAAUUCAUAGCACAAUUUAAUACAAUCAUCAUUGAUAUUUAUAUAUAAGGUGCGCCUUGACAUUAUUUUGUGUAGACUUCACAACUUUCGUUCUGAAAGGUGAUACCACAUUUUGGGAACUCGUUAUAAUCAAUCGCCGCAACUGCAUUACUAACUUCAAGUUCAUGGCACAUAACACCAUCCUCGGGGCAAAAAUAUUCGAGCGACUUCACUUUCACUAAACCAAGUUUUACAAGCAGUUCGGCAGUUCGCCUAUUCAGAAAUAAAUAUAAUUAUUUAUUAGUUCAUAAUUAAUUAAUUUAUUAUGAGUUUUGAUGAAUAUGAGACCAUACCAUCAUCUAAUGUGACUGAUCACAUGAUGGCUGGUGCCAUUGCAGGAAUUAUGGAACAUUGUGUAAUGUAUCCUUUGGAUUCUGUAAAGACUCGACUGCAGGCAUUCAUGCCAUCUGGAAACGUAGGGAAUCGAGGAAUUGGAACUGUUCUUUUUAAUAUGAUAAAGCAUGAAGGAUAUUUAAGACCAAUGCGUGGGAUGGGAACAGUAAUUAUAGGUGCUGGUCCUGCCCAUGCUCUCUAUUUUGCAUCUUAUGAACAUUUGAAGCAAAAAAUUUCUCAUCAAACACCUUUAAAUAUGACAGUUUCCUCAGGUGUAGCGGGAUGUGUUUCAACUAUUAUACAUGAUGCAAUUAUGACUCCAACAGAUGUUGUUAAACAACGUUUGCAAAUGUCAAACUCACCAUACAAUGGUAUUUUAAAUUGUGUGAGUUCUAUUUGGCGAACUGAAGGAUUAGGAGCAUUUUAUCGUUCGUAUAUGGUACAAUUGUUCAUGAAUGCACCAUUUCAAAUUGUUCAUUUCAUGACAUAUGAGUAUUGUCAAAAUUUUUUGAAUCCAGAUAGGAUAUACAAUCCUUUAUAUCAUAUGAUAUCAGGCGGUGUUGCUGGUGGGCUUGCAGCUGCUAUAACAACACCAUUAGAUGUAUGCAAGACUUUGUUAAAUACUCAAACCACAAAUGUGAGAGUUGAAGGUUUAUUCCGUGCAGUCACAACUGUAUAUACCUUAGGUGGCCCUGGAGGAUUUUUCAGAGGUAUGGUUGCUCGUGUCUUGUAUCAAAUGCCGUCAACAGCUAUAUCCUGGACUACUUAUGAAUUUUUCAAAUUUGUACUAAUGAAGAAAUCAAACAUUUCUGAUGAUCGACCACCUCCUCCCCCUCCUCCAAUAAAUUCAGCAUUGAUUAAUGAAAAAAUUACAAAAACAACUAGUGUUCGAUGUGAUUUGCCUGUAGCCUCAAGAUCACGUAUAUAUAGUCAUUAUACAGUUAGAGAUGAUGGGUCUAAAGGUCAGCAAUUUUAGAUUAGUGUUACUGAACCAUGUUCGAGGUCGAGAACAAACAAAUGCAAUACAGUCAAAUUAUAGAAUCAUUUAUAUUAACAUUUUGAUCUCCUUCAUUAAGCCUGUUAUGGUUCAUAGCUGAAGUAAACGUUUUCGACGUACGGCCAUCUCUUUAUUUCACUUUGAAUAAAAGACGCGAUUCGUAAGUGAAUUUAACUUCAAAAUGAAAAUCUCAUGAGUUCGAAUUUGGAGAAGACCUCGUGGUACGAGGUGUCUAUCUGUCGUUUGUUACCAAUAACCAAUAACUGCCUACUGCCAUCGAGUCGUAUAGCCAUCCGUGAUUUACCCUUGUCAAUCGGCGCGGGCUGCAGAUCGAUACGGAUAUUAAUCGCACCCCAAUUUUGACCAGUUGUUAUGUAGAGUUGGUAUGUAUAUCACGAUGUGUGGAGCGAUUGGUGGUGUUGAACCGCUCGUCUUGAAUCUUGAUCGCAUUGUCGUCAAGAAGGAAUACAUGUAACUUUAUUAUAAUAAACCUACAUAGUUAGGUACCAUAUUAUCUACCCACCUAUAUAAAUAAGAGACAUACUCCGGCAAUUUAUUACAACGUUUGCGAUAUAUGGCUAGGGUACGAAUGGCUUUAAGUGACGAUUUUAAGGGUAUAGACCCGACUAAUCUUAUAUCAUAUGUUACACACAUACAUGUGUUAUGAUUAUACACGUAUACGAUAAGUUUUGCUGAAUAUACGACAAAUUGUCAAACCGCGAAUAAUUUUUAUCUAGAAGAAAAGGCUGUAGGUAUGUAUAUAGUCUUACAAAUCGUAUUUCAAAUGUAUAGAUACUAUUAGUAACGACUCAGUUGUAUUAUUCCCGUAUGUACACCCGUGGCGUCUCGUUCGUGUUAGAGUUAUUUUUGAAAUUUCGUAUUGGCGUUGGUUACUACUAUAUGUACACUUUCAGACUUCAGUAUUACACAGCCUGAUAUAAGUUUAAAUUUCGAGUUAAACAUUGUACUAGACUAGACACUAGCCUAAAAGAAAUGCUGUUCAUUUCACUUAUUAGAAUAACUCACCAUCACAUAAAGUCGGAUUAAAUAUAAAAUCCCUCCUAUUAAAUCAUUAAAAUAUUAUAAUUAUAUUUUUCACUGUACACAAAUGGUCGUUUACUUUUUACAUAUUUCAUAUAUACAAUAUACUACAUAUAUUUUGCAGCAACAAGGUAAAAAAUAGGUAUACUAGAUCAGUGGCGUGCUCAGUUUUUUUGAAAGAGGGGGAUAUUCGUUUUUGACUUGUCACUGUCAACGAUGUAACAUAUAUAACUGGCUUUUGGAAUAACUUAUUCUAAUUAAUAUUUUCAAUUUUUUUUUAUUUAUCAUUAAGAGACCCUAGUACUAUAUGUAUAAUUUAAUUUUUUUUUAUGUUUAUUUUUUAGUACUGAAAAUAAAAAAAAUUAUUUAGAUUAUAAAAACAAUUUUGAUGGUAAAAAGAUUUAUCUAAGUCAAGUAAUUUAUUUUUUAGAAUUUUUUUUAAAAUAUGUAAUGAUAUGCUCACACAUCAUAAUUUAUUGUAUAUUUUAUUAUCUUUUUAAAUAAAUAACGGUAAAGUUGUCGCACGUAGAUAGCCGUCAAUAAAAACCAAUAAUCCCUAUUGAUUACUGAUGAAAGAAACGAUUUACAUUGUUUGGUCACGUGGGAACUCACACUUUAUUGCGACAGUAUGGCGCAAAGCGUGUGAUCUUUUACGUGUGCCGCCAAAGACAAGGGAUGGUCCAAUGGGGCUCUCCGCCGUCAUUUCUCGAAGGACGUGGAGGCCUUUGUUGGAGCCGCCUGCGACGUUGGCAGGCUUGACCACGUCGUCUUCUCUCAUCAGUGCGUACGCACCAUUAGAAUUAGUAACAUCUCUCUAGAGUGCAUGAGCACCAAAUACUUUAAUAAUACACCCACCACACCAGAGACAGACUGCGAGCGACAACUGGACCAUUUUCACUACUACGAAA